AUGUUGCCCGCUUGCGAAAUAUGCGGACUUUCAGCGCACGGCAAUCAUUUCGGUGUGCUCAGUUGUCGAGCCUGCGCCGCGUUUUUCCGGUAACACUCUUUUGCUCUCGCUUUAUCAGGCAAACAAUAUACAUAUAGCGUUUUUAGACGUGCCGCCGCGAACCCAUCGAAGGCAAACAAUGUGAGCUGUGCGCAUGGACCGUGUACAAUUUACGAAAAUGGUCAUUUUUCGUGUAAAAAGUGUCGGCUAAAGCGGUGUUUGGACCGCGGAAUGGAUCCAUCGAGUGAGUUUUUAUUAGCUUUUUUUUUGUAUGGUUUGGAAGUCGAACUUGUGCUUGUGCACAUUUAGAAAUCAAUGAAACAACCAGUGUUCAUUCAAAUUGAUGUAUCUCAGCGGUUCGUAGAGAUAUCGAAAAGUUGUCAACUAAUAAAUUGUUUACCAUAACAUGUUGUACAUUUGAUCAGUUGACAACGUGUUGAUAUCUCUACGGACAGCUGAGAUAAUGAUCAUUUUUCAGAAUUCCAACUGGACCGUGACCUCAUCUCCUCUUCCGUCUCCCCACAACUCCGUGCUCGCCAAAAAACGCUCGUCAUCCCCCAAACCCUGGCCACUUUUCUCGGCCGCCCGAGUUUUCUGAUUUUCUGCGAUCCGGAAGCCGUCGGAACGAUCAAAACAGUCGUGGAUUGCACGUAUCUAAUCGAUAAAGCGACGGAGAUUCUGAAAGCCGGACAGAAAAGUUGCAAGCCGUACGGAACGGAGAUGAGCAGUCUGGAGAAGAUCUCGGCGAGCUUCGAGUCAUUGCGAUUGGGCACCUCUUCGGAGCCUCACUUCAUCAGGCACCUGGGAAAAGAGCACACAGUUUUGUUUUGGGAGCAAGAAUUCCUGAACACGGCGGAUUGGCUCACCAACUUUGACGAGUUCAACACACUUCCGUUGCCGAUCCGCGUGGACAUCCUCAAGGGGAUCUGGACGGCCUGGGCGAAACUGGACAAACUCGCCAAGACGGCCGAGUACCGCCGCAAGAAGGUGUUCAUGAGCGAUCGGAUGUGGAUGGUCGGCGACGACGCGUGUUUGGACGCCGAGAAGACCGACGUGGAUGUGUCGUGGUUCACCGAUUAUAGCAGGGAACAGCUGUCACUGUGAGUGGGCCUCAUUGUGAGGUGACGUGGCUGAACGCAUUCAAUUUCAGCUUUAUGAACUGCUACUUCAACGCGAACUAUCAGCAAAUAGUCGAGGAGCUGAUGGACUUUCAGCCAACGUCCACAGAACUCAACUUUAUGCUCCUCCAACUGUGUCUCCAGCAAGCAGCAAAACGGCUCGACGGUGACGUGGCAAACGAAAUGGACCGUUUACAAGAUGUGAUCUCAAAUCAACUGCACAAUUAUUAUGUGAGAGCGAGAAGUAUGCCGAACUAUUCGGGACGGGUCACCCGCAUGAUGAAAAUCAACAAUCUGAUGCGGAGAGAUCUUUGGGAGCAGAACGAGAAGAAACAGUUGGCGAUGGUGUUCAAUGUGUUCAGUUUGACGUUCUCGCAUCCGGAAAUGAUGUGCUAG